UAAUUUGCCACGCGUUGGCCUUAUACUUCCUCUAAACGUUGCCAGUUAUGAAAACUAAGAUGGGCUGAAGGGCAAAACCCAGCUUCAACAAACUUAUGGUUUGUUGACUUUAUUAAUUCAUUGGAGAGCGUCCAUUUCAAACACUAAAAUGUCUCUUCAACAAACAACAAAAUGCAGCAGGUACCAGGGCGCAUUCAUGUUUUCUCGCUUGCGCAUCAUGAUCGGUUAAUUGAAUCUGGGACUGCGGAGAAACGACCACCGCUCGCAGUCUCAGCUGGCACGAGCAGCUCGCACGCUAUGCCCGAACGGCUGCUGUCCGUCACACAACGUGGAUCAUGGCACGCUUGAAGAUGCGCGGAUACUUCCUAGUUUUCCUGUGUCUGUUUUUAUCGACACUUUUAUCUCACGCGCUUGGAAACAUCUAUAGGCGGUCAUUGGUCCCGCGCAGCACCAGGCGGUUGCCGGUACAGCGCGCCGCGGCCCGUUCCGUCGCCCGCAUGGACGGUGAUGUGAUAAUCGGUGCGCUUUUCUCAGUACACCACCAACCCUCAGCCGAGCGCGUGGCCGAUAGAAAAUGCGGUGAUGUGCGCGAGCAGUACGGCAUCCAGCGGGUUGAAGCGAUGUUUCAUACUUUGGACCGUAUCAACGCCGACCCGGACCUGCUUCCCAACAUUACCCUGGGCUGCGAGAUCCGAGACUCGUGCUGGCACUCUUCCGUGGCUUUAGAGCAAAGCAUCGAGUUCAUUCGAGAUUCCCUCAUCUCUAUCCGGGAUGAUAAAGACGGAUCUAAGUGGUGUAUCGACGGGACGCCCUCCAACCAGCCUCCCCCCAGCAAGAAGCCCAUCGCUGGAGUCAUAGGUCCUGGCUCCAGCUCGGUGGCCAUCCAGGUGCAGAAUCUACUGCAGCUGUUUAACAUCCCACAGAUCGCUUAUUCGGCCACAAGCAUUGACUUGAGCGACAAAACACUCUUCAAAUAUUUCCUCCGUGUUGUGCCAUCUGACACGCUGCAGGCGCGUGCCAUGCUAGACAUUGUUAAACACUAUAAUUGGACUUAUGUUUCUGCUGUUCACACAGAGGGUAACUAUGGUGAGAGUGGCAUGGAAGCUUUUAAGGAGUUGGCAGCAGAGGAGGGUCUUUGUAUCGCCCACUCCGAUAAGAUCUACAGUAACGCUGGAGAAAAACACUUUGACCGUCUACUUAAGAAACUGCGCGAGCGACUGCCCAAAGCCCGCGUGGUUGUCUGCUUCUGUGAGGGAAUGACUGUGCGCGGGCUGCUGAUGGCCAUGCGACGUCGUGGUGUUUUUGGAGAGUUCCAGCUUAUUGGGAGUGAUGGCUGGGCAGAUCGUGAUGAGGUGGUCGACGGUUAUGAACAGGAAGCAGAUGGUGGGAUCACAAUGAAGCUACAAACCGAGGAAGUGCAUUCAUUUAAUGACUACUUUUUGAAGCUGCGUUUGGACACUAACACGAGGAACCCCUGGUUUGCCGAGUUUUGGCAGUACCGAUUCCAGUGUCGCAUUCCUGGUCAUCCUCAGGAGAACCAUAACUACCAGAAGAUCUGCACAGGGAAUGAAAGCUUGAAAGAUAACUACGUCCAGGACAGCAAGAUGGGCUUCGUGAUCAAUGCAAUUUAUGCAAUGGCUCACGGCCUUCACGAUAUGCACAAAGACAUGUGCCCAAAUCAUCCUGGACUGUGUGAGGCGAUGGACCCCAUCGAUGGCAGUAAGCUUUUGGACUAUCUGCUUAAGACUUCCUUCAGCGGUGUGUCUGGGGAGGAUGUGUACUUUGAUGAAAACGGAGACACGCCUGGCAGGUAUGAUAUUAUGAAUCUGCAGUAUGUGGACAUACAGGGCCGCUAUGAUUACAUUAAUGUGGGUUCAUGGCAUGAAGGUCUUCUGAGCAUAAACGAUUAUAAGCUCAUGACGAACCGCACGGAGAUGGUUCGGUCGGUCUGCAGUGAACCAUGUUCCAAGGGCCAAAUCAAGGUGAUCCGCAAAGGUGAAGUGAGUUGCUGCUGGAUCUGCACUACGUGUAAAGAUAAUGAAUAUGUUCAGGAUGAGUUCACCUGCAGGGCUUGUGAGCUGGGCUGGUGGCCCGAUGAUGAACUGGCAGGAUGCGAGCCUCUCCCACUAAAAUACCUGGAGUGGAGCAGUGUGGAGUCCAUCAUCGCAGUGGUUUUCUCCUGCUUCGGCAUCCUGGUAACGCUUUUUGUCACCUUCAUCUUCAUCCAGUACCGCGACACACCCGUGGUGAAGUCCUCCAGCCGCGAACUGUGCUACAUCAUUCUGGCGGGUAUUUUCCUCGGCUACAUCUGCCCCUUCACGCUCAUUGCACGUCCCACUGUGAUCUCCUGCUACCUGCAGCGCCUCCUAGUGGGCCUAUCAUCUGCCAUGUGCUACUCCGCCCUCAUCACCAAGACCAACCGCAUUGCCCGCAUCCUGGCCGGUAGCAAGAAGAAAAUCUGCACACGCAAGCCCCGUUUCAUGAGCGCCUGGGCCCAGGUGGUUAUUGCCUUUAUUCUUAUAAGUCUGCAGUUGGCUUUGGUGGUCACGAUCAUUGUGCUGGAACCCCCAGAGCCGGUGAAGAGUUACCCCAGCAUCAGGGAGGUCUACCUCAUCUGUUACACAAGUAAUAUGGGCGUGGUGGCUCCGCUGGGGUACAAUGGCCUGCUCAUUAUGAGCUGUACCUACUAUGCCUUCAAGACCCGCAAUGUGCCGGCCAACUUCAACGAAGCAAAGUACAUUGCUUUCACCAUGUACACCACCUGCAUUAUCUGGCUAGCUUUCGUGCCCAUCUACUUCGGCUCCAACUACAAAAUCAUCACCACCUCCUUCUCCGUCAGCCUAAGCGUCACCGUAGCACUGGGCUGCAUGUUCACCCCCAAGAUGUACAUCAUCAUCGCCAAGCCAGAGCGUAACGUACGCAGCGCCUUCACAACCUCAGACGUGGUCCGUAUGCACGUGGGUGACGGAAAGGCCGCUCCCUGCCAGAGCAACAGUAUCCUGAACAUGUUUCGCAGGAAGAAGAAUGCCACCAAUGCAACCGGCAGCACCAAUCCUAAUGGAAAGUCUGUGUCAUGGUCUGAAUCAGGUGCCAGACCCCAGGGGAGGGGGUCGAGUGUGUUCCACAGACUGUCUGUGCAUGUGAGGAGGCAAGCAGUCGGCCAGAGUCAGAUGGCGGUCAUACGCCCCCUAACUAAUGCCUCACAACCCCCCAACCCUGAAUAUGACGCUGGUAUCAACACAGCCCCCAAUGGCUCGCAACCCGAAGACAAGGCUCUCUACAACCUCAACGAGGGGCACGAUGGAAGUCAGCAUCUCCAUACGACCCAGGAUGGAGGGUUACCGUCUUCCUAUCCUCAAACCAGUUUACUUGAUCGCACCACUGAGUGUCCGCAGGGGGGGCAGGUUGAUACUUUGAGCUCUACCGUUCCUGAUUUUGAUCAAUUUGGCAUCAAGUUGAGCCCCGCCUAUAAAACGUCUGCCAAUCAGCUGCCUCUUCCUCUGCAGGGGGAGGUGUUCACCGAGGAUGGCUCUGAAAUGGAAGCUCUCGACCUCAUUCACGGGUUUCUGUGCGAAAAUGCCACACAGGAGGAGGAAGAGGAGGAGGAGGAGGAAGGUGUAGAGGAAGAGUUAGCACAGAGUAAGCUGACCCUGCUUACCCCACCUUCUCCCUUUAGGGACUCCCUGCAGUCUGGCAGGUCCAUUCCCGGAUCCCCCGCCUCUGAUAACGACCCUCCCUUUUCCCAAAAUCUGAACUACGCCCCAAAACAGAGCUCUUUUACACUGUAAAAGCACAAGCUCAGGACAUGCUACAAACAGCGCUGUUUAUCAAUCAAUCAUCAAUGGAUAUAAUUUUGCUUGCUUGGCUGUACACGCAAGAAUUUGUGGUCAAAAUUACUUUUAUUGUAGAAAGCAAGAUGGACCAUGAACAAUGGAAUGUCCUGUUGGGAAUAUUUUUUUCUGAAGCUACACCGGCAGUAUCCGUUUUCUAAAUGCUGUGGAAAGUUGGAGUGCCAAAUAUUUUUGUGUUGCUAUGCCUAAAAUCUGCUGGCAAAUGACAUCACAAAUUACAUGACUGGAGUGAUAAUGCCAGCUUGCUGCUUUACUAUUUCACUCAUAGUGUUUUUAAAAAGAUGAGACAAAGGAAAUCUCACUUUCUGGAGUUUUUUUUAACUUUGUAGAAUCGGAUAAACUGUUUAGUUGCAAAUAAUAUGUCAGUUAUGGAAUUGAGGGUACUUUGCUUGGACGCAGACAGCACAAGGACAUACGUCAACAGGAAACCAUAGUGUGCACAAUGAAACAUAUAAGCAAAUCAUGCUAUUUAUUUUGUGUGAUUUUAGUAUUACUUUAAUUUACAUUUUUAAACCGUUGACUGUGUACAAGUCAAAGUGAAACAAGGAAAUCAUGUGCACAUAGUAAUUGUGACCUCACUUGAUAGGCUGGGUGAGUUUUGGAAUUGCCCAGCUAAGGUAUUUUCCAAUUUCCUUUAGGCUCCCAAAAUGAUCAAGAGUCAAACAUUGCAGUACUUUUGCUUAGAGAGUCAGACAUAAGGUUUCUGAUUGUACAUGAUAGACAUAGCAUACAAUAUUAGAAGUCUAAAUGUGGAGCCAAGGUAAAUAAAAAGAACGCUGUUUUUCUUAAAAUCUGUACUUUGUCUCAUGCGUGAACUUGGCUUAAAAAAGCAAAUAAUGUUUUUGCAAACAUUUGUAUACUGUUUUUGCCAUCUAUUGUUUUCCACACAGAUGGUGUCUUUGUAUAUCUGCUGUAUGUUUCUAUGAUUAGAAUGUAAGAAAUUUGUAAGUUUUUAAAAAACGUCUUUGCUCUUUGUGAUAAAGGGACGUAUACGGCGGCACUGAGGCUGGAAUUACUUUUCAGAAACUUUUACAAAAAAUCUCUUUUAAAUGUUUCAUUCAGUUUAUCAAUGAGUAGUUGCUUCUAGUGGUAACUUGUAGCAUUUACUGCCAAUCUUGCGUCGGAUUAUCACAUGAAUUUGCCAACUGUAAUGCUUUAAGUUUCACAGGACUAUUAGAAUGCAACUCUCAAAACAAUAUUAUUGAUUAAGUAUUGUAUAAUUGUUCUAAUGGAUUGUAAUAUUAGGUCUUUUAGUGUAAGCUGUUUGAAACUGAUUCAUUUGUUUAAUGUAAAGUAAUUGACAGAUCAUCUGUUUACAUGGUCAAACCUAUAAAUAAGGAAAAUGCUCUUUUUGCCAGGACAAAUCAUGCUGUAAAAUAAAUUUUUAUAUCUAA